UGACGACAUCUGUCAGAACGUUCAAGAAAUUGCGUCAUAUUACGUCGGUGAAGUGCGCACUUAUCUCAAGGAAGGUGAACAGAAAUCUAGAUACACGCUUGAUUGAGAAAGUCAACAACUAAGGAAGAAUUGUUCACUUCUCUCGUUGACUUCUCAAACCCCAACCUGGUCUGUUUCGCAAGUGUUCCCGGAAGUCUUUCAACGUUGUAUCCAUAGCUGUAAUUCCAGAGCUUCAUCAUGGCCAUGUUGGUGAGGCUAGCAUGCCUGCGCAGUCUCCCUGUGUCCGGGCUGCGUUCUGUGUUGACCCAGGGCUCUCCAGCCCUGAGGACCUCCACCCUGAAGAGCUGCCCGCCCCUCCUCAAGGUCCACCAGGGCUAUUCCACCAAAUCCAGAUUUGGUUUCCGUCGUGGGAAAACAGCCAAGGACCAGCUCCAACAGGCAGCUUUCCAACCAGCAACUGAUACGGCCAUCAGAAUGGAUAACAUGGGCAGGAUGUUCCUGGCUGGAGGGGCUGCUGUAGGCCUGGGAGCUCUGUGCUACUACGGACUAGGCAUGUCCAAUGAGAUCGGAGCCAUCGAGAGGGCAGUGAUCUGGCCCCAGUACGUGAAGGACAGGAUCCACUCGACCUACAUGUACUUUGCAGGCAGUGUGGGGAUGACAGCUCUGUCGGCUGUAGCCGUCAGCAGGACCCCAGCCCUCAUGGGAGUCAUGAUGAGAGGAUCCUGGCUGGCUAUUGGAGCUACCUUUGCAGCCAUGAUUGGAGCAGGCAUGCUGGUCAGAUCUAUCUCUUAUGACCAGAGCCCAGGACCCAAACAUCUAGCCUGGAUGCUACAUGCAGGUGUGAUGGGAGCGGUCAUAGCCCCCAUGACUCUGCUAGGUGGGCCCCUGAUGAUGAGGGCAGCCUGGUACACAGCGGGCAUAGUGGGGGGUCUGUCCACCGUGGCCAUGUGUGCCCCCAGUGAGAAGUUCCUCAACAUGGGAGGACCCCUGGCGGUGGGCUUCGGAGUCGUCUUCGCCUCCUCCAUCGGCUCAAUGUUCCUGCCCCCUACCUCAGCGAUGGGAGCAGGCCUCUACUCCAUUGCUAUCUACGGAGGUCUGGUCCUCUUCAGCAUGUUCCUGCUCUACGACACCCAGAAGGUCAUCAAGAGGGCGGAGACGUACCCCAUGUACGGGAUGCAGAAAUACGACCCCAUCAACUCGUGCAUGGGGAUCUACAUGGACACUCUGAACAUCUUCAUGAGGAUGGUGAUGAUUCUGUCCGGAGGAAACAGAAAGAAAUGAAGACGUUCCAGUCUGACUUUACAUCUUCGUUAAGCCUUUCAACCUUCCACACAGUUGAACAACAACGAUAUGUUCUACUAUUAGCACCAAUACACCAGCUGUUACCCACUUUUUAGUUUGAAAACACAUUUUCAACUGACACAAUAAAAAAUGUGUUGCUUUUGUGUGAAGAAGAGGAUUGUAAUUUCCUAGAGCAUAUUGACACUCAUCCAAGUAAGGAAGACGUCUUGCUCUGUUCCAUAUUCACAAUGUUAAAAAUAUGUUUUGUCUUGCUUCUGAGGGAGGCAUAUUUUUAUUUAAAGUCAGGAUUGUUCAUGGGGAUAUCUGUCAACAUCACAGAUCGCCCCUCAGUCUCCUCCUCUUAAUUGUUCCUUUAUAUUUUAUAUAUAUUUAUUUUCACUUGAGGUGGGUGUUCCCAUUCCUGACAAGCAAGACAAAGCUGGGCAAACAUCAUAUUUAUAUCAUCCCUCAACCUUGUACUUCUUCUAGCCUCCACACAUACAAUACGUGUGACUAUGUGAUUAACUCCUUGACAGAGACUGAACUUGGAUGUGUUGUAUCGGGCCGAGCCUUGGAUGUAUUGUAUCGGGCCGAGCCUUGGAUGUAUUGUAUCGGGCCGAGCCUUGGAUGUAUUGUAUCGGGCCGAGCCUUGGAUGGGUGGUGCUUUGACAUGAUGUUUCUGUUAGAAUGAAAGUGAUUGAAUGUGAUCAACGCUGUUCUGGUAUCAUUCAAUAAAAGUGAAAGAGAAUGCA